AUGCUUGUAAAAGUUGCAGAAAAAAGCGUUGUAAGUGUAUUACAAUAUGUCAUAACUGUGUUUCAGCGGGAUGUGCAGAAAAAUGCGAACGUUCAGAAGAAACAAAUAUUUGCGAUAACUGCAAAAACAAUAAAUUGGACUGUGUCGGAUAACAACCUCGAUGUCAGCAAUAAUCUCACAAAUGACGAUGGUAAAUCAAAUAUUAUUUCCGAGAAUGUUGAAAGGACCAGUGAUAAAAAUCCCAAUGAGGAAAACUCCGAAUAUAAUAUCUUUGAAGGCACCAGGGAUAAAGAUCCUAAUGGUGAAAACUCCGAAGAUGACAUCUUUGAAGGCACCGAUGACAAUCCUGAUGAUGAAAACUCCGAAGAUGAUAUCUUCGAAGAUGGUAUCUUCGAAGGCACUAGUGAUAAUCCCAAUGAUGAAAACUCCGAAUAUCAUAACCCAGAAUAUUCCAAUGCAGGCAAUGACCCUGAGAAUGGAAACUUUAGUGUAAAUUUCGAAAGCGAGAACCUUGAGAAUAAUAUCAUUGAAGAUAUCAAUCUCGAAAGCAACGACCUCGGGGAUGGUAACUUUGAAAAUAUCGACAAUAACUUUGAGAAUGAUUACAUGCAACAUCAGUUCCCAUGUUAUAACCCCGAGGAUAGUGACUUUGUCGAAAUCGAUGACCUUGGGGAUGGAGAUUACAUGAAAUAUAUGCUCCUUGGGGAUCGUGACUUCGCAGGCGAUAUGCUGAAAAAAGAUUUUUUUUAA